GUGCAGCGCGGCGGCGGCGACCCAGCUGGCGCCAGCAGCGCGCUGGAAAACAGAAAGCCAAACCGGUCAUGGGAGGCUAGUUAACGACCGUGGCACCACGCUUGUGAGUUUCUGGCUUUCUGGCGGAAUCGCUGCGAUACGUUGUAACGCGGACGCCGCGGGAGUAGCACGACGGCCAGCCGGUAUUUCAAAAGAUGGGCGCGUACUUGUCGGAGCCGAUUACGAAGAAGGAGUCGAGCGACGAGGUGGGAAAGAACGUCGCGUACGGCGCGAGCUCUAUGCAGGGCUGGCGGAUCAGUCAGGAGGAUGCCCACAAUUGUUGCAUAGACUUCGGCGAGAAUGUCUCGCUUUUCGCCGUGUACGACGGUCACGGUGGACACGAGGUUGCGACGUAUUGCGCCCGCAACCUACCUGACUUUAUCAAACAGACAGACGCUUACAAGAAGGGCGACAUCGGGCAAGCUUUAAUAGACGGUUUCCUCGGCUUUGACGACACUCUGACGAAGCCCGAGGUGGUCAACGUUCUCAAAGAGCUCGCGGGGACGUCCACGUCGGAGAAGAAGGAGAGCGACUUGACCGAAUCUGAUGAAGAGGAGAAUGUUAGUAAUCUGUGUAUGGAGGCGACAAUGCCGUUGGAGCAGGUGAUGGCCAAGUAUCAGUCAGAGGUGACGAAUCCUCAUCUCAAGAGUCUCAAGGGCGAGAAGUGCGGUAAGCGCGCAUUCGCGAGUCCUUAUCUGCGGGGUCGAAGGGGACGGGAGAAAGCGGGCGGCUCGUCCGCCGGCGCGGGAUGUUCGUCCUCGCCGUCGCCGCCACCGACGUCGUCGUCCUCGUCCUCGUCGUCCACCCCCGACUGGAAUACGAAUGAGACUGACGUGAGCAGUUCCAGUCAGCCGUGCGGAUCGACCCUGUCCAGCACGGUGGAGCGAAAAGAUUCCGAUUGCCCGGGUAGCAAUGAGGCCGAGCAGGUGCUGGAUUCGACGACGAGCAACGGCAGCGCUCACGCGCCUCCAGUGGUGUCUACCGCGGACGUGGAACCCGCUAAAUCUAUGGAUAUGCCCGACAGUUCCGAGGAUGUGAAGGAGAAAGUCUCGAGUCCGGGCAAGGCGCCACCGUGCGCCGAGUCCAACGCAAACGAGGUGGAAGUUAAUGGCGCGGAGUCGAAGAGGAUCGGGGACGCGGACAGCAGUAAGGGCGGCGGGGACAACGUGUCGAGCAGUUCUUGCACCCCUGUGGAGAACGGAGACGCGGGUCAGCAAGAGCGGAUAACCAGCAGCGGCCGGAGAAGAACUCAGCCUGUGGAUCUUUACCAAAGUCUACUGAAAAAGGACAGCGAUUCUGAGGAGGACGACGACGACGACGAAAAUGAUGAAACCUUCGACGGUGUUCCUGAGAGUGACGGAGACGAUACGGAAGACAUCGAUGAAGACGAAAGCGAUGAAGAUGACGAAGACGAAGACGAAGUCGAGGAGGAAGACAUAGAUGAAUCUGAUGACGAUACGGAUGAUCUCAUGGUUAACAAUGAAAAGCCUGGUUCGGACAGCGGUUGCACCGCGGUUGUAGCGAUACUCAAGGAGAACGAACUGUAUGUGGCGAAUGCUGGCGACUCUCGGUGCGUCCUGUGCAGGGACGGCCAGGCGAUCGAGCUUAGCCUGGACCAUAAACCCGAGGACGCACCGGAAAUGGACCGUAUAGUAAGAGCGGGCGGAGAGGUGACGAGCGACGGCAGAGUGAACGGCGGCCUCAAUCUUUCCCGAGCGCUCGGCGAUCAUGCGUACAAGCAAAACAUGGUGUUACCACCCCAGGAACAAAUGAUCUCCGCUCUGCCGGACGUAAGGCAUAUUACGAUCGAUCCGGAGAAAGACGAAUUUAUGGUUCUCGCUUGCGACGGCAUAUGGAACUUCAUGACCAGUAAAAACGUCGUUCAGUUCGUGCGCACCCGUUUGUCGCAAAAUGACGAGAACAUCUCGAAAAUCUGCGAAGAGCUCUUUGAUUAUUGCCUUGCACCGGAUACCCUCGGCGACGGAACGGGCUGCGACAACAUGACUGCCGUAAUAGUUAAGUUCAAAUCACCGGCAACCGCAACUGUUAAAAAUAACACCGUUGCCGAGUGCGUUGCGAAGAAGCGAUCGGUCUCGCCAGCCGCUGAGGAGAAGAACGACUGUAUCCCGGGAGAAAACACGGUAAACCCCUGCAAACGCGCCAAGACCGAGGCAGCUAUGUGAAUUAGGAGUCACCAUGCGUCAUGAACUGAUCUCCGCGAACGGACGGAUGAAUGUGAGUUUAUGUAAAAUUAUGUAACAACUUUAUAUUUACUGUGUAGAGCUGGAACCAAUUGGUUAUGCAGUAACAGGCACAUGAAAUAAUGUGUAAGGUGUGUUAUUGGUCGCUGCUAACAGACUGCUAGAUUGGAGCACGUGGGAAUGAUAUUACGUGUAGUUCUCUCAAUGAUAAAUCAUUUUUCGACUACAGUAAAAUAAAUUUUACACGCGGAGGAAAAUUUCUUUUUUAAGAUCGCAUCUUGUGCAUAUAUCUAUUUAAUGUCUCAUAAUGCAUUAUAAUCCGUUUGAUAAUAGAACCUCACAUUAUUAUUCAACAUACGAGCUAAUACUUUUAUUCUUUUGUGUAUAAUCUGAUAUUGUAAUCCUCAGAACGGAGGUACACAAUAGAAAAAUGGAGAGGUAGAGAUUGCGUAUAUAAAAUGGCAACGUAAAGCAAUCUUGAUAAAACUCGCAGAUGAAAAAGCUCGUUCAUUUCUUCACAAGCAUUUAUUGACACAAAAGUACGAUGAAUAAUACGUGCUUUUAUUGUAAAUGUAUAAUCUUUUUUUUAAUUUUAUAGAACUUGAUAUAUUACUGUAAGUUCCAGUAUAAUUUUAAUAUAUGUAGCUCUAACAAUUUCUAAUAUACAUAAAUUUAUUAAUUGAGACUAAUGUUGUGUAUAAAUGAUGCAGUGAUACUAAAAGCAUAUACGCGCAAUAUAAAUUAAGGUUUAUUCACCUCUGUUUUUUUCCUUAAUUUUAUUUUUGUUAUUCUAUAUAAUCCAUAUUUCUUCUUUUUUUUUGUUCAAUAGAUAUUUGAUUGUAGCAUAUAUUGUCGAAUUCUAGGAAUAUAAGUAUAUAAAAUCGAAAUCGAUACAAUAUAUUCUAUUUAGUUAAAAAGUCCAUAUCGAAUAAGAGAGUUAUCAUUUUAGUUUAUAUAUUUAUACAUGUUUGUAUCACAGUAUCAUUUAUUUCAAACUAUAAUUGUUCUAAUCCUUCUAAUCGUAAUAUUCCAGUUGUCUUAAUUAAUAUAUUUAAGUUAAAUAAUUAUAUACUUAGAUUUCUCCAUAUAUCAUCCCGCUUGCUCCAGCUGCACUUACAAAGUAUAUUCCUUGAGUUUUUAGAUUACAUAGUACAUAAAUGUACAUAUUUAUAAACGUAGUUUAUAGAAUUUAUAUUUGUAAGUCAAUACAUUUAUCUCUUAGUUCUACGAAAUAGAAUUUAUUUUUGAAUCCCUGGGUACAGUGGUUGAAUGGAUGGGUGUGCGAAUAGAUUAAGAUGUUUAAACUGUAUUAUGUAAUUAAGGCAAUUGCGUAUAACGCGUUACCAAUUUGUGAUCUUGUCUUAAUUAUAACGUUAAACAAAUACAACAACAACAACAGCA